AUGAGGACACCCGCUGUCGGUGCUAGGAGGUCACUGAAUUGGUUACGAUGUGUCAACCAAGCCCCCCUUAUAUGCCCUACCAUCCUGCCGCUCUCCCACCUAACGACGCCGCGAACAAUACCACGAGCGCUCUUCCAUAACGCGCGAACCCUCCUCCAAGACGUUUCAGAACACCAGCAGCCGCCCACCGCCCGACAAACGACGACAGGCCCCAAGGCCGCACCUGACCUCAAACACAUCCGCCAAAAUCCCGAGCUCUACGCCCAAAACUGCCGUGACCGCAACUACCACGCCGCCGCCGCUUACCCCGCCCAAAUCAACGACCUCUUUUCCCAAUGGCAUGCUAAGCAGCAGGAGGGCCGGAGCCUGCGCGAGCGCCGCAACCUCCUGCGCCGUCAACUCGCCGACCCAGGAACAACCCGCGACGACGCCGACCAAGAUGCCGCCGGGUUCCGCUCGCUGUCCCGCGAGCAGCUCCUCGACGAAGCCCGCAAGGUCAAAACCGACCUGAGCGCCAUCGAAGAAGCCGAAUCCACCCUCGCCGCCGAGAUGCAGCGCCUCGCGCUCGCCAUCCCCAACCUCACCAGCGACGCCACCCCGCGCGGCAACGAGCCCACCGUGCUGAGCUACAUCAACGACCACCCGGAGCCCGGCCCGGCGCCGUCCGACCGCGUGUGGCGCUCCCACGUGCACAUCGGCGCGGAGCUCGGCAUCCUCGACUUCGCGGGCGCGGCGGCCACCUCCGGGUGGGGCUGGUACCACCUAAUCGACGAGGCCGCGCAGCUGGAGCAGGCGCUGGUCAACUACGCGCUCACGGCGGCGACGCGCGCCGGCUGGCGGCAGGUCAGCCCGCCCAGCAUGGUGUACUCGCACAUCGCGGGGGCGUGCGGGUUCCAGCCGCGGGACGCGCACGGCGAGACGCAGAUCUACGCCAUCGCGCAGUCGGCCGAGGACGCCGCGCGCGGCAAGCCCGAGCUCAGCCUGGCGGGCACGGCCGAGAUCCCGCUGGCGGGGAUGAAGGCCGACACGGUGCUGGACGAGCGCGAGCUGCCGGCCAAGCGGGUGGCGGCGUCGCGGUGCUACCGGGCCGAGGCCGGCGCGCGCGGGUCCGAGACCAAGGGCCUGUACCGCGUGCACGAGUUCACCAAGGUGGAGCUGUUCGCGUGGGCGGCGCCCGACGAGGGCGUGGCGCAGGAACUGCUGGACGAGAUGGUCGACCUGCAGACGGAGCUGCUCGGGUCGCUGGGCCUGCACUGCCGUGUGCUGGAGAUGCCGACCGCCGACCUGGGCGCCUCGGCCACGCGCAAGUGCGACAUCGAGGCGUUUUUCCCCUCGCGCCGCGACCGCAACGACGGCUGGGGCGAGGUGACGAGCGCGAGCAUCUGCACCGACUACCAGACCCGCCGCCUGGCCACCCGCGUCAAGCUGGCGAGUGGGAAGUUGGUGUAUCCGUUCACGGUGAACGGCACGGCGAUGGCGGUACCACGGGUGCUGGCCGCUAUUUUGGAAAAUGGGUGGAAUGAGGCCGAGAAGACCGUGACGAUCCCCGAGGUGUUGAGGCCGUGGAUGGAGGAGAGGGAGAAGAUCGGGCCGCGGCAUCGUUAG